AUGGAGUUACAAUUCCUUCGAGCCACUACAGGCCUGACCGGCAUGGCAGUAGCCAAGGAUCCUCACGUGGCUUUACGUGUCCUAUACACCAAGACCCUAGCUGCCCUGGAGAAGCUUCCUAAGGAUGCUGCUUACAGACAACACACUGAAGGCAUCAUUAAUGACAGAUUCGAUCUGGUUAAAACGGUCUCUGAUGUGGAGGAACUAGAAAGGAAAAUCAACUGUGGUCAGAUUGAGCAAGUUAUCAUACAGGCUGAGGCAGAGCUGUCGCUAGCCAGAAAGAUGGCUGACUGGAAAGCGUGGGAGCCCCUGGUUUCAGAGCCACCAGAGGGACAGUGGAAAUGGCCCUGAAACAGCCCUGUAGUCUCUCACUGUCUCAGGCAAUAUUACAUAACUCAUGAAGUAUACCAUAUGUGUAAGGACUUAAACAGAUUAAUAGAUUUACCCAUCUCAUGUUGAAAAUAAAUGAGCAAAAGAAGAAUAUAUAGAAUAAACACAACAGGUUUUGCUUGCACAAACCUGUAGAUAUGGUCCAAGCAUGGUAGUAAAAGUAACGCUGUUGUUCGAGGAAUUUUCUGAUUUGUGGUCAUUUUACAUUUCAACAUUUCCCCACUGCCGGACAGGCUGGAAGCUAAGGGUCCUUUGACUUGGAAAUUUUCUCUCAUCAUGUUCAGAAGUAGACAUUAUGAUUUUCCUGAAACCUUUAUCUCGUGAAAUGUAACAGUUUGUUAUUAAUGACACAAUAAAGACAUGUACUGUGUUA